UAGACAACUGCAGAAAGCCGAGAAACUGAUAAUGACCGGAACCAGAGCCAUGCACUCUACCUUCCUCAGACUUAAGUAGAUGCUGGACCUUAGAAGGAGAGAGACAAAAUGUCUACUGGAGCAGACACCAAGGCCAGAGGGGGAGACAUUCCCAAUGACAGCAAUUUAAACACGACCCAAGAACAAUCCACCAAGAAAGGCUUCUGUUCACUGCGACAUGGUCUAGCUUUCAUCUUGCAGCUCUGUAACUUUUCAAUUUAUACCCAACAAAUGAACCUGAGUAUUGCCAUAACAGCUAUGGUGAACACCACAGCAGCAUCCAGCCAGCUAAAUGCUUCCACAGAAAGACCUCCCGCCAACUCCCAAGACUUCUGGAAUGAAACACUACAAGAAUCUAAGGCCCCCGUGUAUGACUGGACUCCUGAGAUCCAGGGAAUCCUUCUCAGCUCCCUGAGCUAUGGAUCAUUCUUAGCUCCGAUCCCCACUGGAUAUGUGGCUGGAGUAUUUGGAGCCAAAUAUGUGGUUGGAGCAGGCUUGUUAAUUUCUUCAGUCCUGACUCUCUUCAUUCCACUGGCAGCUGAUGCUGGAGUAGCCUUGCUUAUUGUACUUCGUGUCAUCCAAGGCAUAGUUCAGGUUAUGGUAUUAACAGGUCAGUACUCAAUAUGGGUCAAAUGGGCUCCCCCACUGGAAAGGAGUCAACUCACCACCAUCGCUGGAUCAGGGUCAAUGCUUGGGACCUUCCUUGUCCUCAUUUCUGGUGGUCUCAUUUGCCAGACAUUCGGGUGGCCUUAUAUUUUUUAUAUUUUUGGUGGAAUUGGCUGUGUCUGUUGCCUGAUCUGGUUUCCUCUCGUAUAUGAUGACCCACUGAAUCACCCCUUUAUCAGCCCUGGUGAGAAGAGAUACAUUGUGUGUUCAUUGGCUCAAGAGGAUUGUUCGCCAGGCUGCUCACUUCCCAUUAAAGCCAUGGUCAAAUCUCUCCCACUUUGGGCCAUUGUAGUGUCUUAUUUCUGUCAAUACUGGUUGUUAUCCACCAUAAUGGCAUACACACCCAUAUAUAUCAGCUCUGUACUUCAAGCAAACCUCAGAGAUAGUGGAAUCCUGUCGGCCCUGCCCUUCGUGUUUGGCUGUGUCUGCAUUAUCCUUGGGGGCCUGUUGGCAGAUUUUCUCCUCUCCAGAAAAAUUCUCCGACUCGUAACUAUCAGGAAGCUCUUCAAUGCCAUAGGGGUCCUUGUCUCAUCUGGAAUCCUGGUGCCUCUGCCUUGGGUCAGAUCCAGCCGCAUCACCACAAUGGCCUUCUUGGUUCUAUCAUCUGUCUUCUGCAGCCUCUGUGAUUCAGGAGCCCUCAUUAACUUCUUAGAUAUUGCUCCACGGUAUGCUGGCUUUCUCAAAGGACUUUUGCAAGUCUUUUCUCGUAUAGCAGGAGGCAUAGCUCCUACUGUUGCUGGAUUUUUCAUUGGUCAGGAUCCAGAGUUUGGCUGGAGAAAUGUCUUCUUGCUGGCAGCUGCUAUUGAUGUAGUAGGCCUGCUCUUCUACCUCAUCUUUGGUCAAGCAGAGGUACAGGACUGGGCUAAGGAACAGAUAUUCACCCAUCUCUGAGAGAAGUGAGCAAUGUGUGAGAUCCUGACACAUCCCUUCAAAGAUCUGCUUUUGUGCCUUGGCUGUUAAAGCCAUCUAGCUGGAAGGGACUUCAUUUCCAGGAUCAUCUCAGAGAUCCUGGCUAUGAGAUAUUAAAGGUAAUUUCCCCCCACAAUUUGAAGUUUCACAAGGGAAGGAAAACAUUAGUUGUUUAUAACGGUAUGCUCCUGGAAGCACAGUUGUGUCUGACUUUCUACGAAUACUCUAUACUUUUCCCUGUUGCCAUGAUAAAAGCAUCAAGGGCUGGAAGGCAAUUUGCCACCAAAGCUAAAGAGGAACGCAGAAGUACAGGUGUGAUGAGUUGGAACCAUGGGAAAGUGAUACCACGAACUCUGUAAGUUGUCAACAAAAGAGACCUGACAGCUUGGAGAACAAUGUCUGCAUGCUGAAGUCAUGGGGCAGGAGGCCAAAGUGGAAAGUUGCUCUCAUGUUAAGUGACGAGAUUAAAAAGCCAGUGCAAUGUGUGUAGGGUGUCUAACUGAAAGCAAUGAGAAUAAAGAACAAUGAAGAGUAAAUCUCUCAUGCAAAAAAGAAAUGAACUUUCUUCAACUAAUGCAAGAUGGCUAAUAGAAUUCAACUAUUCCAGACAAUUUUCUGUCUGUGGCUUGGUUUUGGAUCAAAACCACUUCUAGAAUAUAAACACCACUCAGGUACUCUCUGGAGUCAACUCUUCCAUAGCUACCUUCUUUCUUUCCACUUUGACCUGGGCCCCUCAUCUCGAUGUGGAUCUGUGUAAAUCCUUUAUGCCUUAGUCUUAGUGAGCAGACAUUGCUUUGUGUGUCUCUGAUCUCAUGCACUGCUUUGCAGCAUCAGUCUCACGCUGGCUGCCCUUU